AAAAGCGAUUUUUUCCGUACAAUUCACGGCACCCCGCUCUCACAACGAAGCACCGAUAGUCAUGGAGAGUAUUGGCGUAGCAUUGGGAAUCGCAGGGCUCGCGGGCCUUUUUACCACUUGCCUUCAAUUAUUCGACCUCGUUUCCACCGCCGAAUCGCACAGUUCUGCUUGUCAGACCUUGCUGUGCAAGCUAGAGGUUGAGCAGGUUCUCCUUCUCAAAUGGGGUGAGGCUGUUGGUAUUUUUAACCCUCAAGACUCCGACCGCGAAGAGCGCAACGAAACAUAUAAUAAACGACUCGGCGAUACCCCUAUUCGUAGGGCAGUGUUCAACAUCCUAAGCUGUUUGAAAACGACACUUGAAGACACUAAUAACCUGGUUGCAAAGUACGGCCUACAGCCACUUCAAUCGGAAGACGAGGCGUUCGACUCCUCGCCACCGCGAUCCGCAUUCCGAGUAGCCCACGAGAAGCUGCAGCGGCUGUUGAAAUUGACACAACAACAGGCAUCAUUCUCAAGGAAGACUCGCUGGGUGGUUCAGGAUAAGGCAAAGUUCGAAUUAUUGAUUGUAGAGAUAAGGGGAUUCAACGAGAGUUUAGGAAGACUGCUUCCAGAGGUAGCAAUGAUCCAGCAGGAGAAUACAAGGGCAGAAGUGGGGGAGAGUAGUGAUGUCGCUGCCUUGAAAACACUUGAGGAGGCCUUGAAGGGGGCUCACGAUGGAUUAAGUGAUGCCGCGAGUCAAAGAUUAUGUAGCCUUAGCGAUGCCGGGAGUCCUGACGAUAUCGAAGACCGUUUGAGACAAGCACCACCUCCAAACGCCUGCGAUGUUACCGGGUCUACUAUCGGAUUAAAUUGUGUUGAGCCUCAGACCACAGCUGUCCCUAAGAUUGAGAAGUCUAACCUUCCCGACACGAUAGCGGAGGAGAAUCCAGACACAUCCAAAAGGGCUACUGCCAGCAUUUCUCGGCGGUGUCGAUGCGGGCUCGAGACAUCCCUAGAGAAUGGUCAUGUCUGUAUUCUCAAAUCAUUACAAAGCUCGCCUGGAGAUUACUCCGGAACGAUUUUGAGCCGCCUACGCUCAUGCGAAGAUUUUACGGCCACCGCGAAUUUUAACCGGUCAAACCUCCCUUCCACCCCCUCUUCUUCUUCAUCUCCCACAACUUCCUCUUUUCCCGGAGCCAUCUCCUCCACUAUCCCACCCUCACAACCUUCAACCGUUCUUCUCCCUGCCAUCAAGAAGUCACGGUUCCACCCAUAUCAAAACCUUAGCCGCCGAAAUCCACCCACACCGCCACGACGAACAGUAUCUUUUGAUACCAGCCGAAUGGCCCCACCGGAUAGCACCUCUAAUACAUCUUCAUCAACACCGAUAUAUCAACGUCGGUACCAGCGACCGCUUUCACGCCUGGGCUCUCGUUCCCCGCCGGGUUUCUCUAAUACUGCCGGAGGAGCCGCGGACUACAACACUGGCCUUGCGGUAGCCAAAUCUCCCAUGACCGCAUUACAAGAUCAGAGUAUGGGCCUUGCAGGUGUAAAGUCUCCGAUGCAGGCUUUGAUCGAUCAAGAAAGUGUUUUGGCAGGUGUAAAGUCGCCGAUGCAGGCAAUUACCAAUAUGGGGAAUCUUGCUAGAUCAGUGGAUGGGGUCCAUGGUGGGCCGGUGGGGUACGGCAUGGCCCUUGGGGCGGGCCCAGCAGACGAUGGUGCAGGUCCUGCGGGGAAUUAAAAACGAGAUGUGAUAUGUUUUUCGUUACAUAAGGAGAAAAAAAGGGAGGGGGCACUGGAAAGGGCGUUCAGUGGUAUAGGAUAGACGGAGGAUAUAUUCUUUUAUUAGGCAUAUUUUUCAAUUUCUCUCUUUUUCUUUGCAGCCAGCUAUAUCCUGUUCAUAGAGUUAGGUCUACUGCUAUUCUGAAUGGAAAAAAAGGGCUAUUAUUCGAGUGAU